AUGCGCACAGCCCCUUCCCGGCGGCCCCGCGGUGACUCCGCCCCCGCCUCGUGCGGCGGUGCUGGAACGGACCGGGACACACCGGAACCCCACCGGGACACACUGGAACCCCACCGGGACACACCGGGGCCCGCCGGACCCCUCCGGGAUCCCCCGGACCCGCCGGGCCGCGGGAUGCUGUUCGCCGAGACCCAGCUGAGGCGGCACGGCUGGCGCCGAGGGCAGGGGCUGGGCAGGAGGGAGGACGGCAUCGCCGAGGCCAUCCGGGUGAAGGUGAAGUGCGACACGGCGGGGGUGGGACACGACGCGGCCGAGCCCUUCACCUUCCACUGGUGGGACCAUGUCUUCAACAAGGCGGCUGCCAACAUUGCUGUGGAGGCCGGACAGGAUGGCAUCUCUGUGAAGGCACUUUGCGAGCAGGGAGGCAGGAUCAGCAAUAAGAAGCCACGCAAGGCUGGCAACAGUGGGAGCCUGCUGUACGGCCACUUUGUGAAGUCAGCCACACUCACAGCCUGUGGGGAGGAGUCUGUGACACUGCCCGCCAGCUCUGAGAGCAGUCAGGAGGAGGAGGAGGAGAAGCUGGACCUCUCUUCAGUCAGGAGGCUGACAGACAAGGAGCUGAUGCAGGCGUGUGGGGGCCGCACAGCACACAAGGGUGCCCGUCACGGCCUGACCAUGAGUGCCAAGCUGGCACGCCUGGAGGAGCAGGAACGAGCCUUCCUGGCCACGUACCGGCAACGGGAGCAGCACCAGGAGCCCCCGGAGAACAGCCAGGGCAAAAAGAAGGAAAGGAAACGGUCCAGGGAUGGAGCCAAUCCCGAGGUGCCACACAGCCAGGAACCAAACACAGAACAGGAAGAGGUGUUGGAAGAAGAAAAGGUUGUAAAGAGGAAGAAAAAGAACCGGGGGCCAAGCAGAGAAGAGGAGCUGACAGGAGAGGAAGAGGUCAAGAGGAAGAAGAAGAAGAAGAAGAAGAUGGUCAUGGAGCCAUGUGGAGAAGAGGUAUCAGGAGAGGAGGGAAAGGUCAUGAAGAGGAGGAAGAAGCCAGAGCUAAGCACAGAAGAGGAGGUGGUAGAAGAGGAGGGGAAGGCUGCAAAGAGGAGAAAGAAGAAAAAGAAGAAGAAGCAGGAAGAGGAGGACAAAGAAGAGCCAGCUGAAACAGAUGUACCUCCACAAAAUACAGAUGAGUCAAACUUGGGACACAGCCCUACAAAGAAGAGGAAGAAGAGGAGGAAGAGGGAGCCAGAGUGAGCAAGUGACAUGGCUGCUGUGCAGCUGCCAAUCCUGCCUGGCUGUGAGAGUCCUGAUCCUGGUGCUGGUGGGUGCCAUGGGGUGCUCUGAGCUCAUUCCAAAUGGAGCCCAGCACUGUGUCCCAUCUGCCUGGAGAUGCUGGGCUAGGACAAGUUGGCCUGGAGCUGGAUAAAGUUCACCACCUGAACCUGGACUCCCCCCAAGCCCUGGGACCCAUUUGCCAUGGGCCUGUCACAGAGGGACACAAGGACACACAUCCUGCAGAGUACUGAAAUAUUUUUUCAAGGGCAUGAAUAAAUCUUUAUUAUAAUCAGA